UUCCUCGUCCAAUAAAAAAAAAGCCGUUGACCAACCUGGAGAGGCUAGGCUAACUAACCAUCAGAGGGAGAUUGUGGUGAAGAUCUUAUAUACUACACAGAAGUCCUUAAGUCAAAAAUGACAUACAGGAGAGACAGGAGCAUACGAGAGGUGUAUGAUGAACGCUUUUUAACAGAGAGACCGGGUCCGUACCCACGAGCAGGAGGAGCGGUUGAAAGGAGGGGCCCCUUUGGCAGGCCAGAGGAUGACUAUGGCCGGGGCGUGUACGAUUACGAAGGAGGUCCCCGCUUUUUCCCAAAUGGCGGCGCCCCCCGAAGUUACCAUGAAGAUCAGAGAGGCUACCACGGAGACGGUCUUCAUUUCCCUACUGAACGCAGAGCAGUACCACCUUCAAGGAGGGAGGACUAUCCUUACAGAGUACCCAGAGAGGACCCUCACGCAGGACGACCUCUGGAGUUUGGCGCCCGAGCACCACCUCCUCAUAGCGUACGAAACCAGGGCAUCUACCCAGCGCCCAGGUCCCUCCCAGAGAGCGGGGAAGACACGCUAGUGCAGGCCAUCCUCAACCUGGACAGAGGGGAGGACAGAGACCACUACAGGAGAAAGGCAGCCCCGUUCCCUCCCCUCAGAGAACGUUCUCCCGUGCGCCGUGAGGUGGCCCGCUCCCCCCACAGUCGCUCCGGUUCCAGCGUCAGCAGCAGAGGCUACUCGCCAGACAGAGCCAAGAGCCUGCCAUUUCCCUCACAACAAGGCAAGAGUGUGGACGCCCCGGAGGGUCACGUGGGUGUUUCUGAGCACGUUUGGGGAGGACUCUUUCCUCAACAGAGCGGACAUGACACUCUGGGGUAUGAAGAGACUUAUACUCAGAGCAAGAUUGCUGACAAAAUUCCUGGCUUGUCAAGAGAAGGCUCUCCACACAGUGCAACGUCAAACAAGGAGGACAACCAUCCGCCAGAAGUAGAAAAAGAGGAACCACCUGUAGCUCCUGUCGUGGAGGAGAGCCAAAAGCCUACAGAGAACUUUCAAGAGCGGCGAGCCCUGGCCAUCGCAGCUAAAGCCCAGGAGAUAGAGAAGGUGUACCGUCAGGACUGCGAGACGUUUGGCAUGGUUGUGAAGAUGCUGGUGGCCAAAGACCCCAACCUGGAGAAGCAGCUGCAGGUUCCUCUCAGGGAGAACCUGGGGGAGAUCCGCGAGCGUUGCCUGGAGGACCUGAAACACUUCAUCAGCGAGCUGGACGAGGCGAUCCGGCAGCCAUAACCCCUCCGUCUGUGACUCAACCGCUCCAUCUACGUCCCUGAGGGGUGGGGGUGGGGUGGGGGGGCAGGGGAGGGUCAUAAACUUUCAAAGACGGUAGUGAAUCACAGCUCAUCUUACUGACACAUUGGCCUCAUCUGCUUCAUUAGAUUGUGAGUCUGAUCAUGGGAGGAAUGACUGCUGAACGUGAUGAAUAUCUUGGAUACAUUGUGGAUUGCCGGAAUGAAGCUACUCUACAGCACAUCAACCUGAAGAACAACUUGGCAUGGAGAGAGGGAUGCCGUGUUGCACAUGUGUAUGUGGGGAUGAACAGUGUUAGUUUUGAAAAAAGAAUUUUUACUUUCGAGUUACGUGUUGAAAGUUGUUAAUUAUAAAAAUAUUGACAGUUGUUCUUCUGUAAAAUGUUGGCAAAAAUACAUUUUGUCUAUUUAAAAAGCUACUACUCUCACAUCACAUUGAAAAUGGGUUUCAUUGUUUGUUUAACAUUUUUGAUAAAAAAAAAAAAAAAAAAGUUGACAGUUGGCAUGAAAGAAAUACCGUGUGAGACGGUUUGUUUUGUAGUAUUUUCAUGUAAAUUUGUAUUUUGUAGCAGUCAGAUAUGACUUGGUGCUGCUAAAUUUAUAACAGUUCAAUAUUGUAUAAAUUUGUACUGUCUAGAAAUGCCA